CCCUUGCCGCCGGCCGUAAAGCGCGGAAGGUCGCGGGCCCCUGUGGUCCCGGAACUUUGCGCUCUGCGUCCCGCCCCCUCCCCAUGCCCUGUCCCCCUUUCCGGCCGGCGCAGACCCUCUCCGGCGGUUGUGCUGCCCUUCACUUCCGCCAGGCGUUGCCGAGCGCGCUGCCCGCAAGCGGCGGGCCCGUGAGGUGGUGAUGCUUUACCGGUUGCUGUCUAUUGUCCAAAGACAAAGAACUAGCCCAGGAUGGCAGACCUGGUCACCAGCAAGAAGCAGCACAUCAGCUGCCGAGGCACAUUCUAUUGCAUUGCCUGCCCAGGCCCAGGUGGUCAUCUGUGGAGGUGGAAUCAUGGGUACAUCUGUGGCCUAUCACCUCUCCAAAAUGGGGUGGCAAGAUAUUGUCCUUUUGGAGCAGGGCAGGCUGGCUGCUGGCUCAACAAGGUUCUGUGCUGGCAUCCUAAGCACUGCUAGGCAUUCAAGCAUUGAACAGAAGAUGGCUGACUAUUCAAACAAACUCUACUAUCAGUUAGAACAAGAAACAGGGAUCCAAACAGGUUACUUAAGGACAGGCUCAAUCUCUCUGGCCCAAACUCAGGACCGGUUGAUCUCUCUGAAGCGUAUCAACUCAAGGCUGAAUGUUGUAGGUAUCCCUUCUGAGAUCAUCUCCCCGAAGAAAGUGGCUGAACUUCACCCUCUCCUCAAUGUGCACGAUCUGGUUGGGGCCAUGCAUGUUCCUGAGGAUGCAGUAGUAUCCUCUGCUGAUGUGGCUCUUGCCCUGGCAAGUGCUGCCUCCCAGAAUGGUGUUCAGAUUUAUGACCGGACAAGUGUUCUUCAUGUACUGAUCAAAAAAGGUCAAGUUACUGGUGUGGAGACAGAUAAAGGACAGAUUGAAUGCCAGUAUUUUGUUAACUGUGCUGGCCAGUGGGCAUAUGAGCUGGGUCUAUCCAACGAGGAGCCGGUUAGUAUCCCGCUACAUGCCUGUGAACACUUCUACCUUCUGACUCGUCCCUGGGACACCCCUCUGCAGAGCAACACACCAACCAUUGUGGAUGCUGAUGGAAGAAUUUACAUUAGGAACUGGCAGGGUGGCAUCUUGUCUGGGGGCUUUGAGAAGAACCCCAAACCUAUUUUCACUGAAGGCAAAAACCAGUUGGAAAUUCAGAACCUUCGGGAAGAUUGGGAUCACUUUGAGCCCCUGUUGAGUUCCCUCCUGCGUAGGAUGCCAGGAUUGGAGACUCUGGAGAUUUUGAAGUUGGUGAAUUGCCCUGAGACCUUCACACCAGACAUGAAGUGCAUCAUGGGCGAGUCUCCUGUAGUACAGGGCUACUUUGUCCUGGCAGGGAUGAACUCUGCUGGCCUGUCGUUGGGUGGAGGAGCUGGAAAGUUCCUAGCUGAAUGGAUGGUAUAUGGCUAUCCCUCGGAAAAUGUCUGGGAGUUGGACUUGCAGCGCUUUGGAGCCCUCCAGAGCAGCCGCACCUUUCUGCGCCACCGGGUCAUGGAAGUUAUGCCUCUGAUAUAUGAUCUGAAGGUUCCCCGCUGGGAUUUCCAGACUGGAAGGCAGUUACGUACAUCUCCUCUCUAUGACCGGCUGGAUGCUCAAGGAGCCAGGUGGAUGGAGAAACAUGGGUUUGAGAGGCCAAAGUACUUUGUUCCACCUAACAAAGACCUUCUUGCCUUAGAACAGAGCAAGACUUUCUACAAGCCAGACUGGUUUGACAUUGUGGAGUCUGAAGUCAAAUGCUGUAAGGAGGCGGUGUGUGUCAUUGACAUGUCCUCCUUCACAAAAUUUGAAAUAACUUCCACUGGGGAUCAGGCAUUAGAAAGUCUGCAGUACCUUUUCUCCAAUGACCUAGAUGUGCCUGUAGGCCACAUUGUUCAUACUGGCAUGCUCAAUGAAUAUGGAGGAUAUGAAAAUGACUGCAGCAUCGCACGCCUCACUAAACGCAGUUUCUUCAUGAUCUCUCCAACUGAUCAGCAGGUCCACUGUUGGGCCUGGCUUAACAAAUACUUACCGAAAGACAGCAACUUGCUGCUGGAGGACGUCACCUGGAAAUACACAGCCCUCAAUCUGAUUGGUCCUCGAGCUGUGGAUGUGCUAUCCGAGUUGUCCUAUGCCCCUAUGACUCCAGAGCACUUUCCAACUCUCUUUUGCAAGGAGAUGAGUGUGGGCUAUGCAAACGGGAUCCGGGUGAUGAGUAUGACUCACACGGGAGAGCCGGGGUUCAUGCUAUACAUCCCCAUAGAGUAUGCUCUGCAUGUCUACAAUGAGGUGAUGAGUGUUGGACAGAAAUAUGGAAUCCGGAAUGCUGGGUAUUACGCCCUCAGAAGUCUCCGAAUUGAGAAGUUUUUUGCUUUCUGGGGUCAGGAUUUAAACACCCUCACCACACCCCUGGAAUGUGGAGGAGAGUCUCGAGUGAAGUUAGAGAAGGGCAUAGACUUCAUCGGCCGGGAUGCCCUUCUGCAGCAAAAGCAGAACGGGGUUUAUAAGCGCCUUGUUAUGUUCAUUCUGGAUGACCAUGACACAGACCUGGACUUGUGGCCUUGGUGGGGAGAACCCAUUUACCGGAAUGGAAAGUAUGCUGGCAAGACCACCAGUAGUGCCUAUAGCUAUACUCUUGAGCGCCAUGUAUGCCUGGGUUAUGUACACAAUUUUUCUGAGGACAGUGGGGAAGAACAGGUGGUAACAACGGAUUUCAUCAACCGAGGAGAAUAUGAAAUUGACAUUGCAGGACAUCGGUUUCAGGCCAAGGCCAAGCUCUACCCCGUCACCUCUUUUUUCUCUCACAAGCGUAGAAAGGAUGAUGAGGAGCUGAGUGACUUUCAUGGGAAGUAAUGCAAGACGUUCUCCCUUCCUCCCGGUCUCCUCACUGAAGGUACCUUUGUCCUCUCCUAGGUUCAAUUUGACCUAAACUUUUUCCUUGAAAACCUUUCUUGUCUUCCCAUUUUGUCUCAUUCUCUCCUAAUAAUCCAGGCUCUUCUCAUCCCUCCAGCAGGUCACAUUCCCACAGUGGCAGGCAGAACCCACUUGUGGAGUUUUAUUAGGGCGACAGACUGAUUUUUAAAUUCAUUGUAAGGCAAUUUAGGGUAAAAAUCCAUUUCCCUUUGGCUUAGAUUCUUACAGAGUAGCCUGUUAAUUCUGGGAGAUUAUUUUGUGUCUGAUGCAGCCCUGGGAAUGACUUGUGUCUUAACCAGGCAGAUGAUUUUGUUCCACUGUGCUGAGGUUGCCACCUGACACCUCUUAACCAUCUACCUCACCAAUGAGUGGGAUUGUGUGGACACUGCUCUGUAGAAGGGAGAAAUAGUUACCUGGUACCCUGUGUCCCCCAACUUUGUCCUUAGAUGUUUGUGCCAGGACAUCCUGCCUGCAAUUUUCCUUAUUGUCUGCUAUCUCAUAUCAUGUUUUUUAGCUGAGUAAACAGGUAUGCCAGUAGUUGAAAGGAAAAACAAACCAUUCUGCCUUUGGUGUUGCUUUUCCCAGCAGGAGUAAUAUAAACUCAGAUGCUGAGUUCCUACUAUUAGAGGAAGAGUGCUGCUUUUCUUUCAGCUAAUCAUAGGUCAGUGAGCCAUCCCUUGAUUUCUUCAGAUGAAUUCUAGUCUCAUCUGUGCCUUGUAUAGCCUGCCUACAACCUCAACAUCCAUCGUUAGCCUUUUAGAAGAAGAGGGGAUUAGGUGGGUUGUCUUGGGUGAUUAGUAAACCAUGCUUUCAUACUGCGUUCCAGAGACCUACCAGAGCCCCAGCUUUACCUCCCUAGCAUGAACAAAGCCACACAGAUGACCACAGAGAACUUUAAGUAUAGUGCAGGCCAGAGACUGCUUUCCAUCGUUUCUUUCCAGGCUUCCCACCCUAACCCCCCCACCCCCCAACACCUCCAGCCAUCUUGAUAGAAUCUUUGGAGUGGAAAGUGGAGAGCCCACCAAAUGAACCACACAUUUCAGUGGUUCUGCUGUUUUCUUUUUGUGAGAUGGUUUCACACUGGAGCUCAGGCUAGCCUCAAAUUUGCAGUUAUUCUCUUGCUUUAGUCUCUUGAGCACUAGGAUUUCAGGUGUGGUGUCAGUGUUUUCUGAAGCUGAAACUUGGAUGCCAUGGGCUGUUCUAUAUAACAUCAACACUGUUUUUUGUUGCUCUCAUAUACAAAUUGCCCCAGUCUUUAAUUCUUUUAAAGAUUUAAAGAGAUCCUUUAUUUCUCUCAGCACUCGGGAUGCAGAGGCAGGUGGAUCUCUGUGAGUUCAAGGCCAGCCUGGUCUACAGAGUGAAUUCCAGAGAGCCAGGGCUACAGAGAGAAACGCUGUUUUGAAAAUCCAGAAAGCAGAGAGAGGGGAGUAGGGAGAGAGAGCUAGCUCACACAUGUGACAGCCUUUAAUUCAACUGUAGUUCUCAGUAACCUGGAAGCAUUGGUUCUGCUAAACUGAUAUUAAUAGAAAUUCUUUAACUUAUUUAGAGCAGCUCAAAAUUCUUGUCUACUUUGACAUUUCUGUAGAACUUUAUCCACUCAGACUUGCUUUUUUUUUUACACAUCUCUAGCUAUUUUCUCCAUCUAGGCCACUCCUCUUUGGCUUCUGAAAUUUUAAUUUCAUUUGAAUUGAUUAAAGGGACACACAAUUAGAAUUUAUGUCCUUUUAAUCAAUUCAAAUGAAAUUAAUUUGAGGGGAAUUAGUAUUUUGGGAAAAAUACCUAUUUUUUCUUUUUGGCAAAAGACAGACAGGAGAAAUACUCCACUAGAGCGGUGAGCAUGGUAGCAGUAGCAGUAACUGCUGAGGAACAGGCUCUUAGCUGACCGUGGAGGUGGGAGUAGCCAUGCCCAGCUCCAGGUAUGUGUGCUCCCAGGCAUGGCUGCCGGUUGUGACAUUCUACAGUCUGUGUAAAUGAAAGCUCAUUUGGAAUUAAAUACAAAAUACAUUUUUGACCUAUACACCAAUAGUAAAAAAUGUAACAAGCGGCAGGUUUGCUCUUUAAGAUGGAAGUGUUACCCACUUAAGUUUCAAAUCAGAAAAACAUCCAAAACUUCUAACUUUGGGUAUACCACCCAAAUAUUAUUCAGAAACAAAUGAAAAGAGUAUUUUCAGCAUCGUUUUUGAUUCUUUUCUGCACUUACUAAUCUCUAGUUAAUUAUUAAGUUGGAAGGAAACAGUAGCUUUCUAGUACAUUUUCAGCUAUAAGUUUGGCUGUUGCUGAUAUCAGCAGAGCUUACAGACCAUACUUGCUUCAGUUUUUUUUCUAUGCUUGAUGUCGUAAGUACCUUAGAUCAUCAAGGGAGCUGUUUACCUAGAAUAUCUGAUCACCAGUGUUGGUAGAAUGUACUGGGUUUCUCAGGAGUAGAUGCAACUUGUUAGCAGAAAUGGAAGGUCUAGGAGCAGUGGUUCUCAACUUGUAGGUUGUAACCCCUUUGGGGUCAAAUGACCUGACUCUUUCACAAGUCUCUUAAACCAUUGGAAAGCAUAGAUACUUACAUUAUGAUUCACUGUAGUAGCAAGAUUAGUUAUGGAGUAGUAAUGAAAAUAAUCUUGUGGUUGGGGGUCACUGCAAAUGUGAGGAACUAUAUUAAAGGGUUGAGGAAGGUUGAGAACCACUGCUCUAGAGGCAUGACUAAAAAUCUAGGAGGACUAAGGAGGAACAAUCACUGUACAUCCUCAGUUGUGUGACACUUCCAGUUUGUGGACAGUGAGGCUACCUUGGCUUGCCUUGUAUGACAAUACACACUGGGGAGACAGUCAGCUUCAAGGGAUUAUAAACACUCCAUUUUAUCUGAUAGGGUCUCUCGGAUAAUCUGUUACUACAUCUCCUUCCUAGAGGCAAGGGGGUUCAGUGUUCUCUUCUUUGAUUAUAGAAGCAACAAACAAGGUAACAAAGUAUAUAGAAAACCUAGAGUUGGAAGUUAUUUUGUGAUACUUCUUGAAAUAUUAUGAAGGCUUGCUUUUCUCUUGGCUGUUCACAUGUCAUAUGUAAAGCCUACUUCUCAACACUGCCCAGUCAUUUGAAAUGUGCUCAAGCUUGUAACAGAGUUCCCUUCCAUGACAUAGGUACUGAACUUGCAAAAAGGGACAAGGAAGAAUGGCUUGAACAGUCUUAAUUGUGAGAAUAUCUCACUGCAUUUCUAGUUCUUCUGUGGGUUCUUGUAGAUCUUAUUAGUCCUGGACACAGGAUCAUUUAGCACAGUUCUAAACCCUAGCUUCAGUCUGGUCUCCAAGAGCCUAUUUAUACAGCAGUGGACUAUAGCCACUGAAGCUUGGCACAUGUUGGAAAGUACGUUAGCUCUGGCCUCUCUCCUCUAAUGUAACUAAACAUGAAAAAUAAAUUUGUAGAUUUCAGUAUUAACUACUCUAUUUUUGGAUGUGAGUAACAGCUUUGAUUUUCAGGUUAACUGUCCUCUACAUUAUGAACACAUUUGCUAGCAUGGGAAAAGUUCAUCAGCCUUGGAGAGAAUUGUCUGUUUUACAGUAUUGGUACUAGCCCUGAAGACUGACUUGGGUGAAAAAUUCCAUCAUCCUGUUUGCAGGGUGAACUACAAAUUUAAUCUUUGCGUCUCUUGGCUAACUUAUUGGCCAAGGUAACAGAUUUAUAAUAUUUAGGACAGUGAAUUCACUUCUCAUUUUCUCAUUUUCUGUCACUUUCUCAUUUUCUGCAUCCCAACACCCUCACCUCACAAAUGUUGAUAAGCAGCAUAGUAUCGAUACAAGUAUACUUUUCUCAUGCUGGAGAAUGUUCAUCUUCUCCUUGGAUCUGUAGGCCCACAGAUUUAGAAGUAGAAGCAGGUGAGGAGUGAUGUCUGAGCUCUGCUAUCGCUGAGCUGGGGGUGGUUUGGCAGCACCUCCUGGCUUCUGCCACUUUCUUUUAGUCUUCAAGGUGCUGAUCUGUAAGCCCCAUUUUCAUGUCAAUAUGGGGCUUUCUCUCGCAGUCCCUCAGCAGUACCAGCACCAGAUACUGUUCACAGGAUCGAGUGUUCCCACCUUUGCCGUCUCAGUCUGUUACAGUUCAGCAUUUCCCUGUAUAAGACUGCUUGACCUCUAAGCAGUUGUCCAUAUCUGGAUAAUUAUACACAAUUUCUUCAUAUUUUGAGUAACCUGUUUUUAACCUUGGCAAACAUCUACCUCCUUGUCUUUUUGUCUGUGAACGACAGAUUAUAAGAGGAGGGGGAAUUAUUUUUAUCAUGUUUCAAAAGGUCUAUGCCAAGAUUUCCUUUGCACACCAAGAACUGAAGCUUGGAGCACUUCUCAGGCCAGUUCUAGUGCCUUACACUCCAGGAUGUCCAGCAUCGGACUGAGGUAGGACGAAAGCAGAACGUUCAGUCUGUAGGUUCCCAUCCCCCACAUCAGCUCCCCUUGCUCAGAAUAACCUAGGUGUGGGGUAAAAAGUUCUGCAGCUCAUUUCACUGAAAUCUUAUCUAGCUCAUACUUAACUCUCUGGUCAAUGCUUAAGAUACAUAUAAGACUCCAGUGUAACUGCUAUAAAGGUCUUUAAAUUUGCAUUUAGCAUGUGGUUCUGCUCAGCUCCCUUCUGUUCCUGUGUAGUAUCAGCAUGUGAUCCUGAGGACAUUCUAGAUAUCGGAGUAAAUAAAAACUUUUCUUAAGGGCAACUCAGCCGACUUUGGACACAUGGGGUAAUUGUCUAUUUUAUGACCAGAAUUAUUUCUAGAUGGCUGGAUUUCAAUUGAGAUUUUCUUUUCAUGUAUUAGGUGUAUAAAUGAAUAAAAAGAUGUUUUCAUAA